UGCGAUCCAUCCUAUUUAAAUAAAGGCGUGCAUGAAUGGUAGCAUAUGCUUUUCAAAAUUUUUAAAUGUUUUUUCGUAAAAUAAAUAAACAAAAUCGUAAUUAUGGAUGUAAUGACAAGGAAGGAAAUCAUGGUUCUAAUUACAAAAUAAUAGUCGUAGGCGGUGGGGGAGUAGGGAAAAGCGCCUUAACUAUUCAAUUUAUACAAUCAUAUUUUGUAAUGGAUUAUGAUCCAACGAUAGAAGAUUCUUACAGGAAGCAAUGCUUAAUCGAUGACGUUAUAGCCAGAUUAGAUAUUUUGGACACCGCGGGACAAGAAGAAUUCAGCGCUAUGAGGGAACAAUACAUGCGGACCGGAGACGGAUUUCUGCUCGUUUUUUCUUUGAAUGAUAGGAAUAGUUUUGAAGAGAUCAACAAAUUUCGUAAACUCAUACUCAGGGUUAAAGAUACCGAUCAAUUUCCCAUGAUUUUAGUCGGCAACAAGUGCGAUAUACAGCAACAAUUCAGAAAAGUUGAUAACAAAGAGGCGCAAAAUUUGGGAGAUCAAAUGAAUAUUCCCUAUAUCGAAACGAGUGCUAAAUUAGGCAUCAACGUCGAUCUCGCCUAUCAUAAUCUAGUUAGAGCAAUUAGGUGCUAUAGAGACAAAGAAAGGUUAAUUCAUAUCUCCGACCAAAACGGAAAUGGGAGUGUCAAGAAUUAUUUCGGCCGCAAAAAAUCGAAAACAACGAAAAUGUUUUGUUUUUCCUAGAAAAAAAGAUAUAAAUAUAUAUGUAUAUAAACAUUUGCGAAUAUCGGCGACUUCAAAAUUAAAAAAAAAACCCAGACACUAUUUAUUUUAAUUGCCUAAUUCGCAAACACAAAAAUAUUUGUAUUUCCAUAAUGACAUCAAUAAUCCCCCCCCCCUUAAAAAUUCCAAACGAUUUAUAUUGAAUUCCCCCAUCGCUCCCAUUUUUUUUAUAGACAAAUUGUAAAUCAGCUGAGGGCAAACUAUUUAUUCGCUUGAGUAUUUAUUAUAUAUUCUCUAUUUUUGGGUCCAAACUAGACUUUUUUUUUAAAAGUUAUAUUUUUAAAAUGAUUUUUUAAUAAUAGUUUCAUACAAAACUUAUAUUAAUAUCAAAUAUUUAAACCCAAAUUAUUUAAAUAUUCGAUAUCUUGUAAUAAAUUACAAGAAAAUAUAAUGAUAUGUAAAUGGAUAUUUAACUUAUAUAAUAUAUAUUUUUUUAAAAUC